AUGGACGAGGCCGUGGGCGAGCUGAAGCAGGCGCUGCCGUGCGUGGCCGAGGCGCCGGCCGUGCACGUGGAGGUGCUGCAGCGCGGCGGCAGCACUGCAAAAAAAGAAGAUAUUAAGCUGAGCGUCUGCAAGCUGCUCAACCGGCACAAUAUUGUUUUUGGAGACUACACGUGGACUGAGUUUGAUGAACCUUUUCUGACCAGAAAUGUGCAGUCUGUGUCUAUUGUCGACACAGAAUUAAAGGCGAAAGACACUCAGCCCAUCGACCUGAGUGCAUGCGCCCUGGCCCUGCACAUCUUCCAGCUGAAUGAAGACGGGCCCAGCAGUGAGAACCUGGAGGAAGAGACGGAAAACAUAAUCGCAGCAAACCACUGGGUGCUGCCUGCAGCUGAAUUCCAUGGACUUUGGGACAGUCUUGUGUACGAUGUUGAGAUCAAAUCGCACCUCCUUGAUUACGUGAUGACCACCUUGCUCUUCUCUGACAAGAACGUGGACAGCAACCUCAUCACGUGGAACCGAGUGGUGCUGCUGCACGGUCCUCCAGGAACUGGAAAAACCUCCCUCUGUAAGGCAUUAGCCCAGAAACUGACCAUCAGACUGUCCAGCAGGUACCGGUACGGCCAGUUGAUUGAAAUAAACAGCCACAGCCUGUUCUCGAAGUGGUUUUCUGAGAGUGGCAAGUUGGUAACCAGAAUGUUCCAGAAGAUCCAGGAGUUAAUUGAUGAUAAAGAAGCCCUGGUGUUCGUGCUGAUCGACGAGGUGGAGAGUCUUGCAGCUGCCCGCAGUGCCUGUAGGGCAGGUGCUGAGCCCUCGGACGCCAUCCGUGUGGUCAAUGCUGUCCUGACCCAGAUUGACCAGAUUAAGAGGCAUUCCAACGUGGUGAUUCUGACCACUUCCAACAUCACCGAGAAGAUCGACGUGGCCUUUGUGGACAGAGCCGACAUCAAGCAGUACAUUGGGCCUCCUUCUGCCGCAGCCAUUUUCAAAAUCUACCUGUCGUGUCUGGAAGAGCUGAUGAAGUGCCAGAUCAUCUAUCCUCGCCAGCAGCUGCUGACCCUCCGAGAACUGGAGAUGAUUGGCUUCAUUGAAAACAACGUGUCAAAGCUGAGCCUCCUUUUGAGUGAAAUAUCAAGGAAGAGUGAGGGCCUCAGCGGCCGCGUCCUAAGAAAACUCCCUUUCCUGGCUCAUGCCCUGUACAUCCAGGCACCCAGCGUCACCAUCGAAGGUUUCCUCCAGGCCUUGUCCCUGGCAGUGGACAAGCAGUUUGAAGAGAAGAAGAAACUUUCGGCUUACCUGUGAUCCUGGCUGCCUGCACCUGUGGUUCUCACUGGAGAACUAGGAGUGGUCUCGCCUGCCUCGCACUGCUCCGGAAGCCCCCCAGGCUGCUCCGAUCUGCAAGCCAGCGCUGUCCAAAGGACAGACAAUAUGUUGUUGAAAGUGUAUAUUGGAAGGCAAAGCUUGUCUUUUUUGCUCUGUUGAAGAAAAAGUUGAAAUGCAAAGAGCUGACCCACCUAAUUGUUGGCUCCCUCGCACAAGGAGCAGAGAUAUGUUUUACAAAAGGAGACGAACCCACUGCCAGAGCCACCUCCAGCACCAUGGGCUGUUGCUCCGGCUAGAAAGGGUGUUUGCUGUCCACCCCGAGCCUGUCCGUCGGCUCAAGACCCCGUUGUGGCUCUGAUGCGGGAAUGGAGAAGGGGCGGGGGCGCCGGCACAGUGGUUAAAGGUUCUUGCUCGCAGAGCCUGCUGGCCAGUGUUCAGCUCCCCAGUACCCACGUAUCCCCAGAUGGAAAAAGUGGCACACGCAUCUUGCGUUUGUUUGCAGUGACGAGGCCCUGACGCACGCGCACACAGACACCCUCUCUCACACACUUUAAAAAAAAAUUUUUUUUUUAAUUUAUUUAUUUGAGAGCGACAGACACAGAGAGAAAGACAGGGAGAGAGAGAGAAUGGGCGCGCCAGGGCUUCCAGCCUGUGCAAACGAACUCCAGACGCGUGCGCCCCCUUGUCUCACACACUUUCUUUCAAUUUGAGGAUCCCGGGUCAGAGGAUCUGGGGCAGUGCUCCGAUGUCACGUUCCCAGCUACACCGCACACGUGGCUCCAGCAGCGUGGGCAGCGUGUGGAGAGUCUGCCCGUCGCUUUGCGCCUUCAGUCAAGUCACUCGUGUCUCAAGGGAAGGUUGGUGUUGUGAGAUAGAAAAUGAGCAGAGCAGUUCUCAUGCUAAAGUACUUUGACCUUCAGUGCUUUGUACACGAAGCCCACUUUUGUUUUUGUU